GCCUUUUUAUUAGAAGCAAUAUUUCUCAGGCCCUGAUUGAAAUACUGAGACAGAAAUCAGUCUCAUCAUGUCCCCUAAAAAAGGUUCAGAUACCAUAAAUCACCGUGAUUGGUGCGAGGCGAGGAGGAAAGCCAAAUUGUUAUGGAGUUCUGAGGUAGAUGUUCGCCUGAGUCAUCUCAAAGGAGAAGGGAAACUCUUUCGAGUGGUCUGGCCAUAAGUGAAGUCAAGUGCUUUCGAAGCCCUGAUCACUGAAAGGAGAGUUACAUUGCGGAGAAAGCGUAGGAUGCUCAAGGAGUAUAACAUGGGUUCUUUUUCACCGCACGGACUUCCAAACAAAUCCCGCUUAAUGCAGUCCCUCCCAAGUUCUGUUUGGAGUGUCGAAGGUUGUUAACGAUAACCGCGUCAUGCAAGAAGGCAAUCUUAAUCCUCUCUGCAAACACGCGGUACAUGUACAGCAGAGCAACAACAUGUGUAAAAAAUGCAGAUAAAUGCUUAGAAUGUAACAGGAGACUUAAGGUGAGCCCUGAGCCUAGAUAAUUCAAAUGCAGAUAAGAAUACGUGCAGAGGCACGUAUUGCCAGGCGGUUGUGACUUCUACAAACAUGCAGUUAUUGCUCAGGGCCAUUUUGAGAAAAAUAACUUGAAAGACGAAUCGGUCUUCCACAACGCAAUACCAGUUUUGGAAAGAACUCUAGAUUCUUGAGUGUUGCCCUAGCUUGACCUACAUCGAACUUCCGGGAAUCGGUUGCUGAGUGGGCCGUCCGUGGAUCGUGGAUCAUUGAUGUGACAAUGGAUUCGGUUCGGAAUAAUUACGGCGUGAAGGGGCAAUCCCGCUCCUCUUCCUUUUUAAGCCAAGGGUCUGGUUCGAUAUCAAGACCGCGAGAAACCAGUUCCGGCUCCGGUCCCAAAGCGGAGAACCCCUUCAAGAGACAGCUGUCUGGAGGGAGCAGCAAAUGGACCGGGGCCUUCCAAGCGGCCGCUGCCUCGAUGUCUGGUCGUAGCAAUGAACAAGUCCCUGCCCAGGAGACCUCUACCAAGCCCGGUCUGCUUGCCUGGCUGGAGGAUAACUCCAACAGAACGAGAAAGGACACUCUGUACUUCGGCAAGGACAUCUCAACGUCCAUGUGGUGGCGGUUCCGGCGAGGUGGCGAGUCCAAUUCCCAAAGGGCAGUGGACGCGGCGGACGAGGCGGGCCAGCUCCGAUACGAGAACUCCUACCGAAUGCAGCCCAAGCCGGGCUGUCACUUCCGUCCAGAGAAAGUGGAGGCGAUCAUGAACGAAGUCCUGGAGAGCGAGCUCAGUCACAAGAGGUACGUGCCCGAGAACGGCCCAGAGCUUGUGAAGAGACUAUCCGAGGAAAUCAAACACAAGGUGAAGCUGCUGUGUUUUGAACGCUACAGGCUCGUGGUCUUCAUUCAAGUCGGACAAAUUGAAGGAGCGGAUACGAUGGUCAUUAGCCGCUGUGUUUGGAACACCGAAACGGACUGCUAUGCCACAGCAACCUUUCAAAAUGGAUGGGUGUAUGCUAUAGCGACAACGUACGGGAUAUAUCUCGAUUAAGCUACCCCUACAACACUUUUCUAUCUGCCCAGGAUCUAUUUCCUGAUAACUGGAUCUAGCUUCAAGAAGCUUUCUCGACCAGCAUGCCUUUUCGAGUUCGACUCAAAAGAUGACUCAAAGAAAAAUGAAAACCACUUGAGAGUCUUUUCUUUCGCCGAACCUCUAUCGGUUUGUAAUGCUAUGUCCUGUGCACGUUUUUAAACCUGUUUUAUAUAAUGUGGAUCCAUCGUUCGCAAGAAAUUACGAAAAUGUCGACAGUGUCGAAAAAAACAAUCCGAAAACUCGUUUGCAUUGAUCAGGUAUAAGAUUGCGGACACAAUUAGUGUAAAAAAGGUGAUGAGUAUUGCAAAAUUUGGUUGAAUAAAAAUUGGGCAAAACAAAACAAGUGUUUCUUUCAUAUAAAAUGUCAAUUGAGCCGUCACUGCACAGCUGCAGUCUCUAUGGAGAAGAUGAAA